UGCGCGGAGGCGGCUGCCCCAUGGCGGAGGUUGUUGACCUGAAAGCAUGUCAGGAAGCUUUGGAUGACUGCUGUCCACACCAAGGAGAUGAUCAGCUGGAACUGCAAGAGGAGGAGGAGGAGGAGGAAGACAUAAAUGAAAGCAACUGCAGCCAUGUAGAUUCCCUUCUCUCCUUAGAGGGCUAUUUACAGCUUCUGUCAUCGCAGAUGGAAAACAUGCUAGAGGCAAGUUUACUGGAAGAUAUACAAGUUGCUACUUCUAGUAGAGGCCGAGACCCAUCAUCCUCACACCACAAUGUAAGUUUGACCCAGACACUUUGCCACUGUUUCAGUCCUCAUGAUGCCAUGCUACUAAGAACAGACUACCCCACUCAAUCAAAUUCGGAAACAAGACAUUUACAAAGGCAAGAGUCUUUUCCUCAGUCAAGCUCUUUUCCUCAGUCAAGCUCUAAUAUCAAAAAUCCAGAAUCACUACUUCAUGGGUCAGAUUUGACAGGGCUGUUUUCAGCUGCUGACAUUAGAAACCUAACGGCCCAUGAUGAUAAUUUUGAUGAAAUUAAACUCAUGUCUUUGGCUUUGGAGGAAGGCUUUGAUCCUAUAGAAGUUUCUCAGCUCUUUGCAGAAACUGGCUCAGAUUCGGGACUGUCUUUGAAUUCAAGUCACAGCACCGCCUCUUACUCAGUCUGCAGUGAAGGUGCUGUUGGGUACCGCAGUGAUGUUAAAUCUGCUUCUUCACGUGGCUUAGGAGCUGUUGGUGGCCAUAGCCAAGAACACAGUAAAUAUGGCCAUGUGGAAUAUCCAGGUGAUUCAGAGUGUUCUAGAGAAGCCACACUUCAGCAGUUUCUUCAUAACCACACUUACAAUCAGCUGCCAAGUCACGCAGCAUCCACUCCGGAGCAUCAGCAGCAGAUACGGAAAGAGAAACCAAACGAAGUAAAGGAUAGGUGCCAUAAUUCUACUGAUACAAACCUUAGCAGUGAUGAAUGCCGUGCAAAAGCUCUGAGAAUACCAUUUUCGGUAGAUGAAAUGGUGAGCAUGCCCAUCGACUCUUUCAAUACCAUGCUAGCAAAGAACCAUCUGACAGAUACCCAGGUAUCACUUCUACGUGACAUCAGACAAAGAGGAAAAAACAAAGUUGCUGCCCAAAAUUGUCGUCAACGUAAACUGAAUGCAAUUCUUAACUUGAAAGAAGACAUAUGUAAUCUUCAAACACAAAAGUAGAGCCUUAAAAAGGAGCACUCUCAGUGCAGCAGAUCAAUCAGCCGGAUGAAGCAAAAGUUAAACAACUUGUACUGUGACAUUUUCAGUAGAUUGAGGGAUGACCAGGGUAGACCUGUUAACCCAUGCCAAUAUGUCAUUCAUUGCAGUAGCGAUGGCAGUGUUUUCAUAACACCCAAACACUUGGUCAAAUCAGAACAGAAACAAGAUAACAAAAAAGAGCAGAAACAAAAAUAAGAUGAAGAUCACUUAGAUUUUAUUUUUCCUGAAAGAAUGAUAUUUGCAUGACGACUGGAGGUCAGUGAUUACAGUAGUACAAACAGAAAAGACUACAUUUGAGGAGGAAGACUGCAUGUUCAAGGGUCUGGCAAACCCAGCCGACUGUGAUCUGUUAGAAAGUCUACCAGCUGAGGCUUCUGAAUGAGGAAAUCUGUUUAGUUUUAAUUAGAAUUAAAGGAGCUAGGCCAUCAGUGUCAGUGUAGUUAUAUAGGCCUAUGUAAAACUAGGAAUUUAGUUUCUGGUGAUGGGAG